AUGAAACCAACAGGCCAUCAUGACGACCCAUUCCAGGAUCCAGUUGCCAAGCACCACGGCCUAGAUGGAAAUCCAGUUGAAGACCCCAGUAUUCAGGGGGCACUAGGCUUGCAUGCAGCUUACUAUGAAGGCGCCGGAUACGACCUUGAUCCCGCACAGGAGUCAGCACACCAUCUGACACCGGGAACAUCAACCACCGUCGUCAGUGGCCAAAGCAAAGAUACGAUGGCUUGCUUGGCUGAGAUCAAACACAAAGAGGCUGAGCUCAAAAAGCGUGAACAUAAUCUAGGCUCAAGAGAAGAACACGUCAAAAAUUAUGGCAAAAAUAAUUGGCCUCGAUUUUAUCCUAUAUUCUUUCAUGAUAUUGAAGAAGAAAUCCCAAUCAAAAAACGGGCAGACAUGACAAGAAUUUAUCAAGGAUGGCUAUUCUUGGUCAUUGUAUUAGCUUGGAACUUGGUCACCUCAAUAUUUCUUCUGACCAGUGGGGCCUUGAACGGUGGAGCGGAUCUAGGCUUGAGAAUCUUUUACCUCCCUGGCCUAUUGUUCUCAAUUGAGAUUUAUGCGUUUUUUUAUCCAGUAAUCACAAUCCUGUCCUUCCUACUGUGGUAUAAGCCCGUGUACAAUGCAUAUGCGAAAGAACAUUCCAUCUUCUAUCUAUUAUACUUUGGUAUCCCAGGCAUGGGCUUGGCAGGGCUGAUUAACAUGAUUGCAGCCUUUGGUAGGGGGAGCAUUGUGACUGGAGUCUUUGUGGUCAUUGCGUCUAUUGGAUGGGCAAUCAUAGCCCUGGGGAACGCCUGGAUGUGGAAAGCGGUCUGGAAACAUUGGCACGAUAAGGGCCAUACUUUUGAUCAGGCAAAGAGCAAAUUUGCUACUACUGGUCUCAAGGCUUAUUUCAGCAGCAGUAAAAGUGUUUGA